CAGUGUAGAUUGUACACCGUGGCCGGAGUAAACAACUGCUAGAAAGAGUAUUUGUUUCAGAAAUCGGCGCCGUGACUGUUACGAAAUGAUAUCAGACCUGAUAAUAUGUGGGACUCUCCUCAUGAAUGCAGGGGCAGUGCUAAACUUCAAGUUGAAAAAGACCCAAGAAGAGGGAGCAUUUGGUGCUGAACGUGAUCCAACAGUUGGGGACAAGGUUCGGAGCUUCCUGCUCAGUCUCCGGCAUCUCAGGAUCUUCAUUGCUUUGUGGAACAUCUUCAUCAUGUUCCUCAUGAUAGUAUUCUUUGGCCACUGAGCAGACGUGUACAUUACAAGAGCCUGUUGAAAGGGAGUUACCUCCCUUGGACUAGCAGUCCAGACAACUGCGGUCUUCUCACAUUAAAUAUGGUGCAUAUGGGUACAGGGUUGUGACUUGAAGAGUUAAACUGACAUAUCUCGUAAUAAUCCUUUCCGAGUCUCAAAGACUGUUAAUUACAGGUUAAAUAUUGAUAGUGGUAUAGUGAAGAACUUUGGCAGUUGUGGGCUCUAUGGCAACAGGAACCAUCCUUAUGUAGAAUCUUGAAGAGUCAACAGAAAUUAAAUGGAAUCAAGGAAGCACCACAAAAGCACUGAGUGGGGUUGGGGUAUUGUAUGUACAAUUGGGGAAAUAAUUCUUGAAAAAAGUGGCACUGAUGGUCUGUGGUGUUUUGUGAAGGAUUUAAUACCUUUGCUGUUAAAAAUGGCGUAAAACCAAACUCACUCACUUAUACCUUUGCACAUAGAGAGGGUGCUAUGUUUGUGGGUGAUUGUCAAGGUUGUGUCAGGCUGCUCAUGGAGGAACUUGUCCAGGCACCCACUCCACUACUGCUUGGACGAUUCCAGAUUGUUUUAUAUUAAUAUUUCUCAGUGUGUGACCACUGUUGCCACGGUGAUGAGAAACUGUUAUGUGGGGAAUAUGGUACACACGGAAGUGUUACGUCAUGCAGGCAUGUGUAAAUAUGUAUGAUACACUUUGUAUGUGACACUGUCAUGCAUUUCAUUGUACAUAUCAUUAAAACAAUAACAUUUGUCAA